AUGCGCUCUCCAUUGUUGAGAAAAGGAGUGUCUCUAGUGUCUCAAGCUCGUUAUCUUCUUCGUCCUCCAAAAAAUCUACCCUACCGUGGAAUCUAUAGAACGGAAGGUGAAACUGUCCGCAAAGAUGAAAUACUAGUCUGUCAGCGGAGUCUGAACUAUCAUCCUGGACUUAAUGUUUACUUCGAGAACGAUCGGGGCGAAAGACUUUUACGCUCCUCAUGUGACGGAAUCGUUUGUAUCACAACAGAAGUGGUCAAUCCAGAUAUGUCCAACCCUGAGAUGGCAGUUUAUGAACAUAGAAAGGAUAUUGAGUUGCGAAAGCUAACUUUCAAUGUAAUUCCACUGGAAAUUUUGUCCAUUGUUAUAAAGUUGGAUGUAGCAUGUGCUGGUCUUGGUAGAAAAAAGGUGAGCAGAGAGAUAUCCAUCGGAUACUCGAACUUAUCGAGCACGUUCAAAAAACUGUCAGAGUUCUUCAACGCGGUCCGAGAAGUGUACGAGACGGUGUAUGAUAUUGUGGACAUAGAAGGAUCGCCUGAGUUUGACCAGGUUCGUGCGUCGGCAACAGCCAAAGCUACUGUGGCAGCCUUCGCUGCUGCAGAAGGACAUGCACAUCCACGUGUUGUAGAACUCCCAAAGACCGAUCAAGGUUUAGGUUUCAAUGUUAUGGGCGGGAAGGAGCAAAACUCUCCCAUCUACAUUUCAAGAAUCAUACCUGGCGGAGUAGCAGAUCGACAUGGUGGUCUCAGACGUGGAGAUCAGUUGAUUGCAGUAAACGGAGUGAACGUGGAAAGUGAGUGUCACGAACGAGCGGUGGAUUUGCUUAAAUCUGCGCAAGGUACUGUGCGCCUUGUUGUUCGUUACACACCGCGACUUUUAGAUGAGAUGGAACGGCGAUUUGAACGGCAACGACGACGUUUAAAUCAACCAAGUCCUGGCCCUCCAAUUCCUCCAGUUCGACGUUAA